AUGCUUUUCAAACCAAAGAUACAAGAAUAUUUAGUUUAUUUAUAUCAAAAUGAAAAUGUUUAUGUAACAUUAGAAUUCCGUAAUAUUUCGGAGAAUUUCAUUUAUUUAAUUCUCUUCCUGUAUCUCUCUCUCUCUCUCUCUCUCUCUCUCUCUCUCUCUCUCCCCACUUCCUCCUCAUUCCUCGAAUCACCCUCUUUUCUUUCCAUCGCUCUGCCUCAUUUUACUGUUACUUUCACUUAUUCUCUCUCUCUUCCUGUCACAGUUUUUCACCUAUUUCUUCUCUCUACACUUCCUUUCUGUCUUAUUCUUUAUUUCUCUUUCACUCUCACUCUCUCUUACUCUGUUCUUUCUCUUAUUCUAUCUCUAACUCUGUCUCUCUCUCUCUCUCUCUCUUUGUUCUAUUCUCUUUUAUUUUGCCCUUCUACCUUUCUUUCAUUCUCUCACUCUUUCUCUUCUCCCCUCUUUCACUCUCUCUUACUCUGUUCUUUCUCUUAUUCUAUCUCUAACCCCCCUCUCUGUCUCUCUCUGUUCUAUUCUUUUAUUUUGCCUUUCUCUCUUUCUUUCAUCUCUCACUCUUUCUCUUGUCCCCUCUUUCACUCUCACUCUCUCUUACUCUAUUCUUUCUCUUAUUCUCUCUCACUCUCUCUCUCUUUCUUCUAUUUUAUUUUGCUCUUUCUCUCUUUCUUUUACUCUUUCUCUUGUCACUCUCUCUCUCUCUUCCUCUCUAUCUCUCUCCCUCUGUUUACUAUUCUGCUUUUAUUUUGCCUUGUCUCUCCCAUUCUUUCGCUAUUCAAUUUUUUCUAUUAUCCAUUCUUUCUUUCUCUUUCACAUCUCUCUCUCUCUCUCUCUCUCUCUCUCUUGAAUAUUGACUACAGUGUACCUUUCCCGUUAUGGCCACCACUGUCUUAG